AUUACUACGAUUUUAUUGUAUUAAUCCACCUUAUUGCACUCCGCCCCUGACACCACAAAUAUGCCCGGAAAAGAGUUACCUGAUCGCUGCAUGAAUUGUCAUGAGGCUGAACCGGCCUUUCUAUUGCGCGAGCGUCAUGUCUGCCAAGAAUGUUAUAUUCGAUUCUUGAACUUCAAGCCAUUCAGGCGCAUGGAACGGUAUCGUCUCCGGAGGAAUAUGCCACAGACCGGUCCCUGCAAAUUGCUGCUCCCCCUUUCGUACGGCGUCUCCUCCACCGUGCUAUUGCACAUGCUGCACCGGCAGUUGGAGGCACUACGCUCAAAAAAACAUGGUCCCGCGGGCUUCGAAAUCCUCGUCCUCGUCGUUGAGCCUUCGACAAUCUCCCCCGUUCCUUCGCACGAAGAAGCCUUUGCACUUGCGCAGCAGACCUUCCCACUUUGUUCCUUCACCCGGCUCCCCUUCCACAGUAUCUUCGAGCUUGACCCGGAUGUCCAUCAAAUCAUGUCGCAGUAUGCCGGGGAGCACUUCACAGAUGACACUUCGCUAUCCGAUGAGGAACGUUUGAAUCGCUUCCGCACGUCGAUUACAACAGCCACAUCCAAGUCCGAUGUCGACCAGAUCUUGUUGAACAAACUUGUCGUUGCUUUCGCAAAGAAAAUGGAAUGCCGCGGCAUAGUAUGGGGUGACUCGGAUAGCAAGCUCGCUGCAAAGACCCUCGCCAACGUCGCGAAAGGACGCGGCUCUGCAGUGACGUGGCAGGUGUGCGAUGGAAUGUCGCCUUUUGGCCUAGAAUUCAACUUCCCGCUUCGGGACGUGUUCACGGCAGAGAUACGCACCUAUGCCAUCCUUUUUCCCGAGCUGGCUGGCAUCAUCGUUCAUGACGAGCCUCCCUCGGAGAAUACGCUUACCAAGAAUUUGUCGAUCGAUGAGCUGAUGAUCCGUUAUGUCAGCACUCAGGGUGAGAAAUACCCCGGCGUCAUGUUGAACGUAACUAGGACUGCCAGUAAGCUCCAGUCGUCUGGUACAUCUAUCGGCGGACUGCAGUGCAAUUUCUGCGGGGCCUUCAUGACUACAAAUGAGAAUAUCACGGGCGAACAAGGCAACGAACAGCUUCAAUUCUGCUAUGCCUGUGCUCGGUCCCAGCCCGAAUUGAGCUGUUAAAUGAAGUUUCAAUUACUGGUAUACCUAUGCCGUGUUUGUGGGUAG